UUUUAGGGUUGAAUGAAAAAGCGAGUGAUGCAGAGAUAAAAAAAGUGUAUAGAAAAUUAAUUUUGAUGUGGCAUCCUGAUAAAAAUAUUAAUAAUAAAGAAGAAUCUGAAAAAAAAACAAAAGAGAUUACUGAAGCAUAUAGAAUAAUUACAGAUUAUCGAGAAAAAUUUAAAAAGACAAAAUCAAAAAAUACAAAACCAAAAAAAACAAAUGCAAAGCCAAAACAAAGAAAACCAAGACAAACAAAACCAAAACAGACGAACUCGAAACAAACAAAAUCUAAUCCAAAAAAUGAACAGCAGAAAUCUACAAAAAUUGCAACAAAAGCAGAAGUUGAUAAGGCGAUAUUAAAUUUUUUUCGUGUAUUUUUGAACACAUAUCAUGAUUCAAAAUAA